AUGAAUAGUGUUCAGGAAAAUUCAUUUCAUGAUUUAGUUCCUUCUCCAACGUCUGAACAAUCCUAUAAUGAUUCUUCUUUAGAAGGUGUUGCAGCAAAUUUUAAGUUAUUGUUAAAGUUAAUUCAAGACCAAAAAGAUGCUUGUAAUAAAGAAAACACAGAUGGCCUAAAAAUGUUGAGGGUGGCAACUAUGAUGACAAUUCUUGAUAAUGUUAGGACACGAAUUAAGAAAUGUCAAUCGUUUGGUGACAAGAGAUCAUCCGAAUCUAAACUAAGGCGGUGUUACACAGAUGUUAAGCUUACUAAUAAUGUUCGAAAGGAAAAAAAGCAGGAUGAGGCAAUGAUCGAUGAAAAAGAAGGAUUAAAGAGGCAGCUAAACGCAAGCUUGGUAGCAAGAAAGAGACUUGAAGUCAUGUGUUGGAGCUUAGGGAAGGAAAAAGAAAUUAUGGCAUCGGAGUUAUCAAAAAAGGUUCAUGAAGUCAAUGAAAUGGAGGAUCUCAUUAAUGAAUUAAAGGAUAAAAAUGAGUGUUUAGUAGGAAGAUUACAUGAAGGUAGUAAAGAAAAACAAGAGAUAAAGGUAGAAACAAAUAAGGCACUCUCUAAACAAUUGUUGAGGUCACUUGAUGGCUAUCGAUCAAUGAAGAGGAAAUGGAAGAAUGCACAUGAGGAAAACAUGAAAAUGCAUGCAAGUUUGGAGGAAAUGGGACAUAAAAUUGAAUCUGGAAUUCACCACUUCAAGCAACAAAUCUCAUCUGUUGAGGAGAUUAUUGAAUUGGAGCAUGUGAUUGAAAGCUUAGAAAUGCAAGUUGCAAAACAUUUGUAA